AUGAUCCACGCGGUCCUCAUCUUCAACACCCACGGCAAGCCCCGGCUGUCCAAGUUCUACACGCCGAUACCGCCCCUCACCCAGCAGGCACUCAUCUCCCAGAUCUUCUCCUUCAUCUCGGACAGGCCUGCUGGCGUAUGCAACUUUCUUGACGCUCCCGAGCUCGUCUUUCCUGCCCCGCCCAACGCGGGAGCUGCCAGCAACGGCAAUGGCAAUGGCAACGGCGGUAACGGCAAGGGCAAGUCGACGGCCACCUCCACUCGGGACGACGACACGCGCGUAAUCUACCGCCACUACGCCACCUUGUACUUUGUGUUCGUUGUCGACGGCGCAGAGUCGGAGCUCGGUAUCCUCGACCUCAUCCAGGUCUUUGUCGAGAGCCUCGACCGCGCGUUCGAAAACGUGUGCGAGCUUGACCUCAUCUUCCACUUUGACGAGGUGCAGUAUGUUCUCAACGAGAUCAUCCAGGGCGGCCUGGUCCUCGAGACGAACAUCAACGAGAUCAACCUCUGCGUCCAGGCAUCCAAGCGUAACCGCAAGGCAUCAGCCGCAAGCGCCAACCCACUGUUACCGUCCAUGUUGGUGGCACCAGGGGCUGGACGUGGCCGUGGUGACGGCGGAGGCGGAGCACGCGGCUGGCUGGCGUCCAUUGGAGUGUAG